AUGGCCACAGUAGCUCGUCCACGAGAUGAAGACAUUGACAGUGAAUUGUUAAUAAAUGAAGUAGAAAAGAGACCGGCAUUGUUCAAUAAAAAUUUAAAAGAUUAUUCAGAUGCUAAUUUAAAAAGUAAACUAUGGGAAGAAGUGUGCUUAAAUGUGCUGUGUACGACCUGGGGACAACUCAAUGCAGAACAAAAAAAACAAGCAGGAAUAAUGAUACAACGAAGAUGGAAAAAUCUAAGGACGUGCUUUGCAAGAGAAUUGCGUGAACAAAAAUCGGUGAAGUCAGGGCAAUCUGCCAGUAAGCGACGAAAAUACAAAUAUUACGAUCAACUUUUAUUUCUUAUACCAACCGUACAAGUUCGCGAAACAAGUGGAAAUGCUGAACUAAACAAUAAUAAAAUGAGUUAUGAAGAAAAACUAAUCCAUAUACUUGAAGAAAAAAAAAAUGAAACUGCUCCAAGCGUGGUUGACUCAGACACAAAUUUUGCACUGUCUCUUGUACCUAUGCUGAGAGCAAUACCCACACACCAAAAGAUCGAUGCACAAAUUCAAAUUCUUCAGUUACUAAAAAAUUUUCAGAACAAUUCGCUACCAACGAACACACUUGAUUUCAGUAGAAACUUUGCUAAUUACUCCACUCCUUUGCAUUUAAUAACUGGUACAUCUACAUCUAUGAAUCAACCCACCACUUUGAACUAA